GUCACCAACAAGACCCCCAACUGACAAAAAAAAUGCAAAAUUGUCUUUUUUAACGACAAAUGAGGACAUAUUUUCGUUUGUGUCUCUGUUUUUUUGGGCGGUUCCUCAUUGAUGCAGAUGCCAGGGAGUGUUUUUCGAGAGAGUAAUAUGGAUGGGCAAUCCAAGAAAAGCGGCUGAGGAUUGUUAACGGUUUGGGCGACGACAUCGAAGAGGAAACAGGCAUGACUUUACAGUAGCAGUUCUAAAAAAACAACAACAAAUAAUCACCCUGCAAGCAUCUGCCUCUGCUUUUUACUCAGCAAUAACAUUUUCUGUUGAAGAACGUAUUUUACUCGGGUAAAGAUGGCUCACCUAAUACGACACAAGAUCACCAACAAGCUGACCAAUGCGGCCCACACGGUGUCCAACAAAUCUCAGGCCAAGGUCAGUGGGGUGUUCGCCCGAAUGGGCUUCCAGGCCGCGACGGACGAGGAGGGUUUGGGUUUCGCCGAGUGCGACGACUUGGAUUAUGACUACAGGCAAGGGAUGAAAAUGGAUGUUAUUCAGGGUGAAGAGGAAGGGGGGCCCACGGAGGGAGAGGGGGAGCUGGAUGGAGACAGCCACUACCAGAGAGACGGCACCGGACCCAGGCCCUCGACCCUGAAGAUUGGAGGCUCUCUGGAUGAGGAUAAGCCAAAAAUCACGUCAUGGGAAGCUGGCUGGAACGUCACCAAUGCCAUUCAGGGCAUGUUCGUCCUCGGCCUGCCGUACGCCAUCCUCCACGGUGGCUACCUCGGUCUCUUCCUCAUUAUCUUCGCGGCUGUGGUGUGCUGCUACACAGGGAAAAUUCUCAUCGCGUGUCUGUACGAGGAGAACGAGGACGGCAUAAAGGUGCGCGUGAGGGACACCUACGUGGACAUCGCCAAUGCCUGCUGCGCGCCCCGCUUCCCAGCGCUGGGCGGGCACAUUGUGAACGUGGCUCAGAUCAUCGAGCUGGUCAUGACCUGUAUCCUUUACGUUGUGGUCAGCGGCAACCUGAUGGUCAACAGUUUCCCGGGGUUCCCCGUCUCCCAGAAAGCUUGGUCUGUGGUGGCCACGGUCGCGCUCCUACCCUGCGCGUUCCUGAAGAACCUCAAGGCCGUGUCCAAGUUCAGCAUGCUCUGCACUCUGGCGCACUUCGUCAUCAACAUCCUCGUGGUGGCCUACUGCCUCUCCAGGGCACGCGACUGGGCCUGGGACAAGGUCAAGUUUUACAUCGAUGUGAAGAAGUUCCCCAUUUCAAUUGGCAUCAUCGUGUUCAGCUACACCUCCCAGAUCUUCCUCCCCUCCCUGGAGGGAAACAUGCAGAAGCCCAGCGAGUUCCACUGUAUGAUGGAGUGGACUCACAUCGCAGCCUGCGUCCUCAAGGGCCUCUUCGCUCUCGUGGCCUACUUGACUUGGGCAGACGCCACCAAAGAGGUCAUCACGGAUAACCUGCCUUCAACCAUCCGGGCCGUGGUCAACCUCUUCCUCGUCGCCAAGGCGCUGCUGUCUUACCCGCUGCCGUUUUUUGCUGCAGUUGAGGUUCUGGAGAAAAGCUUUUUCCAGGACGGCGGGAGAGCCCUCUUCCCUGACUGCUACGGGCCUACUGGGCAGUUGAAAUCAUGGGGUCUGGGCCUUCGAAUUGCCCUGGUAGUCUUCACCUUGCUUAUGGCCGUCUUUGUCCCCCAUUUCGCCCUCCUUAUGGGUUUAACUGGGAGCCUGACCGGCGCUGGCCUAUGCUUCCUCCUGCCAAGCCUCUUCCACCUGAAGCUCCAGUGGAGGAAUCUCCUGUGGCACCACGUCUUCUUCGACGUUGCCAUUUUUGUUAUCGGGGGCAUAUGCGCCAUAUCUGGCCUAAUUCACUCGGUUGAAGGGCUCAUAGAGGCGUAUAGGUACAAUAUCCACGAAUGAGAGCUUCAGAGAUGACCUUUUUCGAAUGGUGAUGAUGUCCUAAAAUGCCGCACUCUGGCAGUUUGUCGUGACGCAGACCUUAUCAAAACAUCAUGUUAACCACUCGACAAAUAAGCUCAUGGGGAGGAUUAUUUGUGUGAAAUGUAGCCUACAUCUUUUAUUUUGCCUUCGUGAUAAUGUGCAAUAAUAAACUCUACAGUCAUAGUGUAAAGUAGUCAUUCCAGAAAACAUGGUUCAUUAACUGGACAGAGGAACACAACCUCCGCAUGGAAGGGGGUGAUUAAAUAUGCGUGCAUUAACGAGCCUGCCCAGGUAUCAGUCUUCAUGCAAAGUUGUCAAAGAUCCAGAGAAAAUGUCCGCCAUGGGUCUUACUGUCAGUGUGUACGUGUUUAUAUCUGGGGAAUGAAAUAUGUGAAAAACAAUGUGAAUAUGUUAUUAUUGGUUUUUGAGCUGCUCAACAAUCCCACUUCAGACAAAAUACAAGGCACCCAUCAGAUCAUAUAGUGCUCUGUGGAUUAUAAUAAACCAUGAAUAACUAAUGUGUAGUUGUUUGAACAGAUUUGUUUUUUUUUAAACUUAUUUUGUGUUUUAUCUUCCAUCUUAUGCCUAUAGUAGUCCUCAUUGGCUCGUUUGUUUUCUUGGUGUUUCAAGUGUCAUUCUGGAUGAAGUGAAUUUAAAGUGCAAGCAAGUGGGUCCUAAUUGUGUUAUAUGAAAAAUGUCUGUCUGAUAAUAUUCUCUUCCUAUUGAACUUGUUAAUUGUGAUUU